GAGGUUUACUGAGAAGUUCGCUGCAUUAACCGCCUCGGUCAGGGCGCGCGCACGGUCUCCGUUGUGGCGCGAGCGCAGCUGGGCUUUAAGUUUAAUGACUACCGGAAGUGCAAUUACUGCAACAUGUCGGAUCCGAAAGGACAAGAGGUGUGCAGAGCGCUGAGGAAAGCCGACUGUGUUCUCGCUCUGUUUCUAGUCACUGGCUUUGUUUUGUGUGCCCGCUCGGUUCCUGUCAGCGAGGCUCCUCAGAGCGCUGCAGCGGAGGAACCGGAGACCUACAGCGCCUACUAUAAUUAUGUGGAGCUGACCCGCCGCCUGGGCGCCGUGGCCCGGCGAUACCCGCACAUCGCCGCUCUGAGCAGCAUCGGGCGCUCGGUGGAGGGCAGGGAGCUGUGGGUGAUGCGCAUCACCAGCGAGCCUACACGCGACGUGCCGGGCAAACCCAAAUUCAAAUACGUGGGGAACAUGCACGGGGACGAGACGGUCUCGCGCCAGGUGCUGGUGUAUCUGGUGGAGUAUCUGGUGCGGAAGUACGGAGAGGACCCGCGGGUCACGGAGCUCGUCAACACCACGGAUAUUUACAUCAUGCCCAGCAUGAACCCAGACGGCUUUGAAAGGUCGGUGGAAGGCGACUGUGGCGGUCAGGCCGGCGGCAGAAGUAACGCCAAGAACCAGGACCUGAACAGGAGCUUCCCGGACCAGUUCACUCAGAUCCGCGUGAAUGACUCGGAGAUCCCUGAGAACACCGCCAUGAUGAAGUGGAUCCUUGAUAACAAGUUUGUCUUGUCUGGAAAUUUACAUGGUGGAACUGUAGUUGCCAGUUACCCGUUUGAUGACUCGGCCAAGCACGCCAGCACUGGUGUGUACAGCAGCUCCCCUGACGACGCUCUUUUCCGAUUCCUAGCACGAGUUUAUGCCAAGAAUCACCCGAUCAUGAAGACAGGGGAGCCCAAGUGUGAAGGAGAACCUUACGAGACGUUCAAGGAUGGCAUUACUAAUGGCGCCCAGUGGUAUGAUGUUCCAGGAGGAAUGCAGGACUACAAUUAUUUAAAAGGGAACUGCUUGGAAAUCACCAUGGAGCUGAGUUGCUGCAAAUAUCCCCCCGCUUCAGUGUUAGCAAGAGAGUGGGACAACAACCGAGAGUCUCUGCUGGCUUACAUGGAGCAGGUUCACAUUGGUGUGAGAGGGUUUGUCCGAGAAGCCAGAACCGGUGCUCCUCUUUCUGAUGCAGUCAUCUUGGUGGCAGGCAUUAAACACAACAUAACCACUGGUCACUUCGGUGACUAUUACAGACUCCUGCUGCCGGGAACCUACAAUAUCACAGCUGUAUCCUCUGGGUACGUGCCAAUGACUGUGCCUGGUGUGCAAGUCAACGAAGGCAAAGCUGUCGAAGUCAACUUCACACUAGCAUCUCUAAGCAAUGAGGGUGUGAACCACACAACCACUGCGUCUACUACACCCUCUACCACCCCUAUAACCAACAGCACAACCGGUCGUCCCAGCUCCAGCAUGCCCAGCGACAAGCCAGGGAUUAAAGAUGUGGAUUCAGCCAGCUCUGCGCAAGCGCCUGAGCCGCAAGCGCCUGAGCCGCAGCAGCCUCAGGAGUUCCGCCAUCACCACAACAGCGACAUGGAGCUUUUCCUGCAGAGAUUCAGCAUGAAGUAUCCCUCCAUCACACACCUCUACUUCAUCGGCAAGUCCGUUCAGGGCCGUUUGCUUUGGGUCAUGGAGAUCUCCGAUAACCCGGGCGAACACGAGCAAGGUGAACCAGAGUUUAAGUAUAUUGCUAACAUGCACGGCAACGAGGUGGUGGGACGAGAGCUGCUUCUAAACCUGAUCGAGUACCUGUGCUGUAACUAUGGCAGCGACCCUGAGGUCACGUGGCUUGUCAACAACACCCGCAUCCACAUUAUGCCCUCUAUGAACCCAGAUGGCUAUGAAAUUGCACAAGAGGGAGAUGUCAGUGGCUACCACGGGCGUAAUAACAGCAACAACUACGACCUAAACCGCAAUUUUCCUGACCAGUUCUUCACCAUUGCUGACCCCAGACAGCUAGAGACUAUAGCAGUGAUGAACUGGGCUAAAAGCUACCCGUUUGUCCUGUCGGCUAACCUACAUGGAGGCUCUCUGGUGGUAAAUUACCCUUAUGACGACGAUCCAGAGGGUAUCAGUAAAUACAGCAGAUCUCCAGAUGAUCCUGUGUUUAAAAUGGUUGCCCUUGCUUACUCAAGGGAAAAUCCACUCAUGUAUAAAGGGCACCCCUGUAAAGAUGUAAAAGAGUACCCAGACGAGUACUUUAAGGAUGGUAUUACGAAUGGAGCUGCUUGGUACAAUGUGCCUGGUGGUAUGCAGGACUGGAACUAUCUUAACACUAACUGCUUUGAGGUGACGAUCGAGCUGGGCUGUGUGAAGUAUCCUCCAGCGCAGGAGCUGCCGCAGUAUUGGGAGCACAACCGGAGAUCUCUGCUGCAGUUUAUUCACCAGGUCCACAGAGGGGUGAAGGGGAUGGUGACUGACAGUAAGGAUGGGACUGGUAUCCCCAAUGCCACCAUCACUGUAGAAGGUAUCAACCACCCCGUCACCACCAACAAAGCUGGAGAUUACUGGCGUCUGCUUGUCCCUGGAACGUACCACCUAAACGCCUCUGCUCAAGGCUACAAUUCUGUCGUCACAUACGCCACCGUGCCUGAGGGUGAGGCGGAGGUUGUAGACUUUAAGCUAACCCGCAUACGGAGCGACACGGGCAGCCCGGCUGUCCAUCCAGACUCCAGCGAGGUGGAGUUCCAGAGCUUCAUCAAACAGCUCUCAGUGGGACCUGGAUUGGACCAGGUCAUCCAGAACACAGUCACCACCACCACCAGCUUCCGCUAUCAUGGCUACAAGGAGCUGUCCGAGUUUCUGCGAAGCCUCAAUCUCAACUUCCCCAAGAUCACCUCUUUACGCAUCCUUGGUCAGAGUGCGGAGUUCAGGACCAUCCGGGCUCUGGAGAUCUCCAACACCCCUGACAUGCCAGAACCAUCCAAACCCAAGAUUCGAUUUGUGGCUGGCAUUCAUGGCAACGCUCCAGUGGGCACAGAGCUGCUGCUGGAGUUUGCUACUUUUCUGUGCAUCAACUAUGGCAAGAAUGCUGCUAUUACCAGGUUAAUCAACGAGACAAGAAUCGUUAUCCUUCCUUCCAUUAACCCAGAUGGUCGUGAGCUUGCUAAAGAGAGAGAGUGCUCCUCCACUGUGGGUAUGACCAAUGCAAAUGGCAAAGACCUCGACACUGAUUUCUUUGGUAAUGCAUCCCAGCGCUCAACAGAACCUCAGCAUGAGACUCGUGCUGUGAUGGAUCUGAUACAGGAGAAGGACUUCACUCUGUCAGUGGCGCUGGACGGAGGCUCUGUACUGGUUACUUAUCCCUAUGACAAACCAGUUCAACCAGUUGAAAAUGAGAACACCUUGAGGUAUUUGGCUACUGUGUAUGCCAACAACCAUCCCACAAUGCAUUUAGGAAACACUGCAUGCCCAAACACUGGCCAGGGGGGAAACAUCCCCGAUGGAGUUUUGCGGGCAGCAGAGAAACACAGUCACAUGGGCAGCAUGAAGGACUUCAGUGUGGACUUUGGUCACUGUCCUGAGAUUACAGUGUACACCAGCUGUUGCCUGUUCCCCCCAGCUGAUCAGCUGCCCACUCUUUGGACUGAGAACAGGAAGUCUCUGCUUAGCAUGUUAGUAGAGGUGCACAAAGGAGUUCGUGGAAUUGCAAAGGACAAGAGUGGCAAGCCCAUAGUGGGGGCGAUGAUCGUGCUGAACGGUGGCGUACGAGUCUUUACCACUGAGGGCGGAUACUUCCACGCCCUGCUGGCUCCAGGAUCACACAACAUUGAAGCGAUAGCAGAGGGAUACCAAGAGCAGCAGCAGAAGGUGAUGGUCACGUCAUACGAGGCAGCGAUCUCCAUCGUUAUUGAGUUUGAUAUGGACAACCGCAUCUUCGGUUUACCACGAGAGUUCGUGGUGGCAUCUGCAGCUGCAGCUAUGACUGCUCUGGCCAUCACUGCCUGCAUAAUCUGGUGUGUGUGCUCGGCCAAGUCCAACAGACAGAAGGACGGCUUCCACCGCCUGCGCCAGCACCGGGACGAAUACGAAGACGAGAUCCGGCUCACGUCCAUGGGUUCCAAGAAGUCCCUGCUGAGCCACGAGUUCCAGGAUGAGAGCGACAGCGAUGAAGACACUCUGUACGCCAACAAACUCUGAUAUUUAACACACUACAAUUCUCACGUCCUACAUUGCCACCCAAAUGGAGUCUCUGAGAGAGAGAGACAGAACACCCCGGUUUAACUGAUCUCUGUCCAAACCAGCAGGGGGUGCUCAUCUCACGGGCCCAUCUGCCCAGACUGCCAUAAAAUCCAUCCCAGGAUGCACUUUACUAGCCUAGCGAGAUCGGUUGGCUGUUUCAUGUUAAUGUAUGCAACCUUACAAUCUGCUCUCAACAACCAUGCUAUUUAUUUGAGGCUAAAUUAUAUUUGUUUGUAGUGUGGAAAUAUUCCGCACGUCUCUUGCAGUAAGUACGUCACUAACUCGGUUGCCCACGUGAACAGAAACUCAGCAGGAUUACUAAACACAGUGCCUUGUUUGAUUAGCCUGAGCCAUUGCUGCCUGUUGAUUUAUUGCUGGGGUGUGAACGUCCAUGUAAAACGUGUAUCUGUUAAAUUCUCUUGGAAGCACUCUGCAUUCGGGUCAUAAUCAGCAGUCUAAUUAUGAUUUAUUUUUUUUUUAUUCACACCGUCCUACACGGUACAUGUCGGAGGGUGUAUAUGAAUCAUUUUUGAGCAGAAGAGCUGCUUAUGAUUUCUAACACGGAGAUCAGUUAUGAGUAAAUAUGAGCCUCAAUCAGAACUCUAAUGCUGAGAUUAUUUUGACAAAAUGUUUUUUAAAAAACACUUCAGUGGCUAUACUUUUAUAGUGCUUUUCUACUGGACAGUGCAGUACGGUAACUGUUGCUACAUGUAACGCUACAGUUUGUCAUGGUUUUCAUUUCCAAGUUAGUGCUAAUGUAACUACCCUUCUUUUCAGAGUAGCAGGCGAAUCGAGCGACAUGAGGAGUGAAGUUUAAAGUUAUACAGAAUCAUCACUCGAGUCAGAAACCCUGCUAAGGUUCAGGUAGUAGUUUACUGUUGGAUUUAUUUGAUUCAUACGCCCAUGGUCUUGAUGUCUUGGUGCACUAAAUACAAUGCUAUACGUGUAAGGAAUAAAAUAUGAAAGGACUCGCUUCCUGAAGUUUUAUUCCUCUUAUACCAGCCACCAGUUUGCCAAGAAUUAUUUUUUUAAUUUUUAUUUAUUUAUUUUACACAAGUCUUUAUUAAUGAACGCCACGUUGUCAUUGUGCAUUUUAACUCUUUAUUGUUCCAUUUAAUGUUGUGGAACAUCCGCAAUACAAAAAUGUUCCUGUUAUUUUGUUAUAGCAGCUAUAAAUGGUCAUUCCUUCACCAGCUCCCCCCCUCAAAGUUAGGACAGAACAAAACAACAACAAAAAUCUCAUGUACUAGCAAAACUGGAAAGUGCAAACUCCUCCAUCCUGAAGACUCUCCUUGGUGGAGACGGUUAAAAUCUUCCGGAAACCUUCACCGUAUCAAUGAUUUAUACACUUAUCUUUGUUAAACAACUAUUGUUUAAUUAUGAUGAAGCCUUUAUUAUGUCUAUUGCUUGCCAUGCAAGUCUCUGUGACUGAACGGUUACUAUAGAAACAACAAAACAUUUGUCUGUGAUCUGAAAUACAGCUGGCGCUGCUGUUAGAACUGCUGGAUAGAAAAGUAACUUUAUGACCAGUCAGAUUCGUGAAUUCAGCAGCACUCGAUAAUAUAAGCUCAACUGACGUUCGUUUUAUGUAAGUCAUUGGAUUGAGUUUGCACUCGCCAUUCUUUGUUUUUACUAAGAUUAAAGUUGGCUUCCUUAAUUCACACAAGCCAACAAACUGCUUUGUCUUGUGCCCAAUACAAGCCCAGUGAACUAACCAAACCCAAUUUAAUGUAAAAUAAGUGGUGUAUAUGGCUUUUUUUUUUCUUCUCUCUCCCCAUGGCAAAAAGAAUCUGUUUAUAAAUUUUGUGUAGUGUAAUCGAAACAACUCACGCCCAUCACUGCACUUUAGGUUUUUUUUUUUUAGGAUUCUUUUUUACUGUAAGGGGCUCUACUUGAACCUUCUCUGUACUUGACCUAGAAGAGUAAAACACUCGCUUUCUUUCGUCCCCAUCCCACAGCCUCCAGAGAGGUCCUGCUACCUUCCCGUGUACUGUUAUUUGAAUUACUAACCACACUGUCCAGUGGAAAAACACUUUGUUAAGCCAAGUUUUCCGAAUCCGUUCUCAGUUUUGUUGAAUGUAGUUUCAUAUUGUAGCGUAAUAUUCAAUCAGUGGUGUGAACAUUUGACUUGCCAAUUUUUUUUUUUUUCCUUUCUCCCAAGUGGAGUGUGUUGGCUAUGUAUCCAAUGAUACAAUCAUUAAUAUAUUAAACCUCAUUUGAAAGUUUUUCACGCCACAGCUAAAUAGUGUAUUGUUUAAGGUUUUAGUUCUCAGAUAACCCAGAUGUUUUGGCAAACGUUUUCAUAGUUAACAUUUCCAACAGUGAUUUAAAUAAGCUUGCAGUAAAACACCAUAACAUCUUUUGUUUGUUCUGGUUUGUCCUAAUUUCAGAUAAAAAAUUUUUCUCAGUCUUUUUUUUUUUUUACUGGUUCUUGUGUGUAGACUGACUAUUUGAAAUCCCCUCAAAUUAGGUAUUUAAAUUUACACCAUGACUAACAAUCUUUUGGAUUUCAUGAAACCAAAUGGUCACUUAGUUUAUCCACCUGAAAGUGUCUUUGCUAUAUCACUUACUGCCAGUUAGCAUCCAGUGAUUAUGAAAUGGCAUUAAAAGUCUACAGUUCUCCUGACUUAUGCAGAUUUGAAUAAAUACAAAGCACAGGCACAAGACUGGAUAGGAGCCAUGUACGUCAGUGUUUAAGUAAUCAAGUUAACCCCCUUCCCCUUGAAUUGCCUCUGUUCUUGUAGCUUGUAGUGUUUUGUUAGGAAAUAUCUAAGAGAAAAGCAUGUAGUUUACUUUUAGUUAAAAUGGACUUUUUAUUUUAUUUUUGUCAUUUGGUGUAUCCAUUGCUUGCAUCAAUCUUCUGCACUGGUCACAAAAAUGUAUUGAAUUAAAUGCCAUUCUCAAUGUGGUAUUAACUAUAUACUGUAUAUGAAACCAGCUGAGCUGACUGUGUGCUGAUGAAUAGACACACGCUCUCAUGUAUAAUUUUCUCAACGUUAAUUUUCUGUUGCUUUAACACUUUAAAUUGUGCUUCACGUUUUCAUUCAUUUUUCAUGAAUUGUUGAGGCUACUUUGAUUGCUGAUACUUGAGUGUAAUUGAACAAGUAUGUAUAGCUUUUGGAUGUAAUGGUCAUGCAGUUUGGGUUUUUUUUCUCCCCCCUCUUUUGAUACAAAGGUGAUUGUAGAUAAUUACAGAUGUGAUGUGUGCGUGUGUAAAUGAUGUGCAGUUUAAAUGAGCAAUGGCACACAUGAUGCUGCAAAGUUAAAGUUGUCUUUAUAUCUGGUGCAAAUGAAAUAAAAUGGAAUAAGACUGGAAUAAAUGUGUGACUAAAAUA